AGGCGCGAGAAAGAAGACUCCGGCAAGGCGAAAAGGGGGGCUUGAACUCGUGAACUCGUGCAGAAAGUCGAAGAAGGGAAGGAAAGAAGGAAGAAGGCAGAAGGAAGGAAGGAAGGAAGGCGGAGUCUAAGUUAAGAAAAAAGAAAGAGAAAAGAAAAAAGAGAGACAACAACAUCGGAGAAGAGGCUCGGUCGCCUCGCCGACUGUGUGAUGAUGAUGAUGAUGUCUCUGAAUGGCAAGCACGCCUUCGCUCUGCCACACACCAGCUUGCCCGAGCCCAAGUACUCCUCUCUGCACUCAUCCGCCACAGCGGCCUCCUCUUCCUCCUCCUCUCCUCCGUCCUCAUCCUCGUCCUCUUCCUCGGCGCCCUCGUCCUCGUGCUCGUCCACGCGCCUCAGCAGCAGUAGCAGCGUCAGCGGCGCGAGCAGCUCGGAGGCGAUGCGCCGAGCAUGUCUCCCAACCCCACCGAGCAAUAUAUUCGGCGGCUUGGAUGAGAGUCUGCUGGCCCGCGCCGAAGCUCUGGCGGCGGUGGACAUCGUCUCUCCGACCAAGAGCCACCACCACCACCACCACCACCAGCACCACCCUCCUCACCACAGCCCCUUCAAGCCGGACGCCACCUACCACACCAUGAACGCGCUCCCGUGCACCUCCUCGUCCUCGUCCACGUCCUCGUCGUCCGUGCCCAUCACGCACCCGUCCGCGCUGGCGGGCGCCGGCCACCACCACCACCAUCACCACCACCACCACCACCAGCCGCACCAGGCGCUGGAGGGCGAGCUGCUGGACCACCUGACGCCGGGCGGCCUCGCUCUGGCCCCGGACGGCUCCAUGGUGUCGGCGGCGCCCGCGGCCCACAUGGCCGCGGCCGGGGUGAGCCACAUGCACCAGGCGGCGGCGGCCAUCGGCAUGGCGCACGCCGCGCACGCGCACGGGCUGCCCUCGCACGCGCACGCGCUCCCGCCGCACGCCGCGGGCUGCAUGAGCGACGUGGACGCCGACCCGAGGGACCUGGAGGCGUUUGCCGAGCGCUUCAAGCAGCGGCGCAUCAAGCUCGGCGUGACGCAGGCGGACGUCGGCGCGGCGCUGGCCAGCCUGAAGAUCCCCGGCGUGGGCUCACUCAGCCAGAGCACCAUCUGCCGCUUCGAGUCGCUCACGCUGUCGCACAACAACAUGAUCGCGCUCAAGCCCAUCCUGCACGCGUGGCUGGAGGAGGCCGAGAAGUCGCACCGCGAGAAGCUCAGCAAGCCCGAGCUCUUCAACGGCGCCGAGAAGAAGAGGAAGCGCACGUCCAUCGCGGCGCCGGAGAAGAGGUCUCUGGAAGCAUACUUCGCCAUCCAGCCGCGGCCUUCGUCGGAGAAAAUCGCGGCCAUCGCGGAAAAGCUGGACCUCAAAAAGAACGUGGUGCGCGUGUGGUUUUGCAACCAGAGGCAGAAACAGAAACGCAUGAAGUACUCGGCCUGCGUGUGAACGCCCAGCGACGUCUCCACAAAGACACUCUUGAACAAAA